CAAGAACUCAAAUCCAGCAUAGUUAUAAGAAUAAUGUAUAUUGCAUCAUUUACUUGGCAGUACAUUGUUAGAGAAGAACUUUGAAGAGUCAUUGUCUUCAGCAAAAUGCCCUUGGAGAUUUAUUUCAGCCCUAUGUUUUACAUCUAAUUCAUGGCACAGAUCACCAGGAUGUUUACGAAAACAUGCAGCUUCACUAGAGCUAUUAUGCUUGCUCCUCACAAUAUUUGCAGAAUAGUUCAUCACUGUGUCUUGACUUUGUCAAUGAGUUAAAGAUUUUAUGAGACAUCAGAGGCACAUUACAAAGGGACAAAAGAAUUGUCCUAUUACUAUCCAGAUUAUAGCAGAAAUUUCAAAACAAGGAAACAAGGCUGGCGCAAUUAUGUUGUCACUGAACUUACUUGUCCAUCUUCCUCAGUGACUUUUGAACCCAGCAUACAAUUACUGGAAAAUUUGUCUGGAAUGAGGAGGAAGGAUAGCUCUCAAACAGGUAUAAUUUUAAAAGGCAGCUAACUUGGGAAAACCAAAAGAAAUCAGCGUCCCCUUUGAGGAAAAGGUAACCAUGCUAACUUAGCUAUACUACUAGACAUUGGAAGAUCCCCUUGGAAGCAAGAUAUAAGGAAACAGUUAAUAACAAAGAUAUAUGAGGGCUGAGUGGUUUGGAAAUACAGAAACAGUAGAUGACAUCAGAUCAAUGAGAUUAGUCCCUUGCACAGUGGCAGUCCAGAUCUGGAAGAGUCCCCUGGAACAUUCUUUGUCUUCUUCCUGCCCACCAUGAGUGACUCUAAAGACUCUGAGUACCCAAGAUAAAACAUCACCAAAGAAAGCAGGAGAGAAAACCACAAAAUCUACUGUGCUACAAAUAUUAGAUGGAAAAAAGACCUUUCACUGGUCCUGUCACCAUGAAUAGUCCCUUCAGACCACAGGAAUGGCAACAGGUUUCCUCUAAAAUAUGCUCACACCUGCACCCAGCAUUCCUGCAGUCUUCCUGGGACAUUUCAGAAAGCCUGAAAACUGACAGGCUUUUUACUGUACUGUGCACCUGUAAUAAGGCACCUCUUGGUGAAGAGCUGAUGUUACUGUCUCACAGUGGGAGCAGAACUCUCUACCAAGAGUAGAGCUAUCAGAUACCAGAAAACUUUUAAUAGACAGAGCAAAUCCUAAAGACCUGGUUGUGAAAACAUUCCUACUUUAAAAAAAAAAGUGGUAAGAGAAUAGGCUUAGAGUAACCUACCAUAAUCUAACACACAAUGUGAGCAGACAUGGUGACCAAGCAUCUUUCCAGUACAGUUAGUAAUCUGUCUCUCAUAAGCAAAUUUUUUUCCAGCAGAAUUAUCCCUGUCCUGUUAUUCAAUGUCUUUCCUAAAUUGCUCAUGUAGUACAAGCAACCCUUACUGAUCUCCUUCCUCCUCUAUGUUCUUUGGAAGAUCAUUUCUGAAUGUGAAUGAAUAUAAAUUAUAAUAUAAUUCCCACUUUAAAUGUAGUUGCAACUUAUUUAGACACACUUGAUUUCAAUCCCAUAUUUUUUGGUAGAAAUGCUCCUUCUUACUUGAUACUUACAGACCUUCAUCUCCACUUUCUCAAGCUCUUUCAUUGUCUUUUCAGGAAGUCCUACUCAUUCUGUAAGUCUCCACUUGGUCACUCAGCAUAUUUGACCAGAGCUGCACACAAAACUCUAAACAAGCCCUCACCAGUCCUCUGCACAAAUUUUUUUCCUGCCUCUCCCAAAAAUCAUUUGCCUAAUCUGCACUCAAAUUACAUGUACUUUCCACAUGUGCAUGUCAUGUUAGUGACUCAUUGUGUCCCUGGCACAAAGCAAAAAAGUUUUCUUUCCAUCCUUAAGUAUAUGACUUUGCUAUUAAAAUUUGGUUGAGUUCUAUCACUCCGAUACACAAAUUCUUCUCCUCCUUCCUGUAUAACCUAUUGGCUCACUCAGGAUGAUAACUGCUUAGCUUAGAAUAUCUUCAGGUAACAUCAGUAUAGGCCCUUCUCUUGAACCAGACCCAAGUAAUGGAUCAGACAGGAUCAGACCCAUGACUGAUGCCUGCAGAACACUGCAAGUAAUCCCAAUUAAACUCAGUAAUUCCCUUUCUGCUAAAGAGAUGUGGCUUUAACCAUCUCCUAGUCUACCUUACAGUCCUUCUGAUAGGUCACAUCUUCUCCCAAUUCCUGUCACUUAAAUUUCAACAUAGGAUAUCACCUGAAAUACUCUGCUGAAAUCUAGACAAAUAAGUAAAUUGUAUUGCCUUUGCCUUAAAUGCCAGCUCAGCUUUGCAAAACAGGUAUUAAUUAAUUUAUUUAUUAAGAAACAUAAUCCCUUGUUAGUGAAAUCUAUAUUAGAUGUAGCUACAUAUAUCUGAUGUUUUCUCAUUCAAAUAGGUUUUUUCAAAAUUUUUCUUGUGGUCAAGGAAAUAAGCAUGUAGCUGCCCUGGUGACUUCCUGGUUUUAGGAAAAUAGGUAGAGUGUUUGCUAAUUGCCCUUAUAAGUAUCUGUAGUUGUAUUUGCUGUUAUCUAUAUAAUAGAUUGUGUUGAUAUAUUUGAGUGAAAGUUUAAUAGAAAGCAAAUUAUUUGAGACUUACAUCAAUACAGUAAUAUUUUCAGUGCUGUAGCAGUGAGAUUUUAGGAAAAUCCUGAUUUCCCCACAGAAUGCAGUUUAAACCUUGCUUCUGACACAGAUAUAGUACUUUCCGUUUUUUUAUGAUUAUAUUUAUUUAUCCCCCAUUGAUUCAUACUGAGAAGAUUGGUCACUGAAAACUCAACUGAUUGUUAUUUAGAAGUUAGGCAUCACCAAUAUAUACUACUACCCUCUUUUCUGCAUUAGCCAGCACUUCACUCCUCUUCUUCCUUCUUUCACCACUUUUCAUUGAGUUUUUUGUUUUAGUUUUUGGGUUUUUUUCUAGAUCUAGUUCACUGAAGUUUAUGGCCAUAUGCCUUCUUCCUUUAAUUUUUGUGCACAGGAAGUCUGCAGCACUACAGAACUUUAAUACUCUGUCUGACCAGGACAAUCCUAUUUUUCUGAUAGUAUCAUCUAUGAAGAGCUCAAUAAUUAAAGGCUAAUUGAUAUAGAUAUAGUUCAGCUUAUUAGAGAUAGAAAAUUCCCUCAGAUAAUAAACAUCCAUGAAAGUCUGGGUCAGAAGGAAAUGUAUGGAAUUUACAGUGAAGCCUAAAUAUAGGCAAAUUCAGGAACCUUGAGUAUGGAAAAUAAAACCAAAAUACAUUUGCCUUUUUAAUUCAGUCAAAGUUUACUGAAAAGAAUAACUAUAUAAUAUUAUCUUCAGCAUAGACCUGGUUUACAUGAAAAUCUUGGAAGCAAUUAAAUGAAUGAAUAAAACCUAUUCAUCCUUCACAGCAGUGCAACAUAACCCAAACAAAUACUGUUUACAAUUCUGCUAGGUCUCUGAUACUGUGCAAAAUAAGAAUACUGCUGAUAUCUUUGCAUGUGAAGGCUGGAUAGACCACGUACACUCUCUAAAGAAAUAUUCACAGUGAAGGACAAUGAACAUCUUUCACCCCUCUAGUUCAGUACCUACUCCUCAGCAGGCUUGAGGAGACAGAAAAACUAGAAUUAUGAAUCAGAAGCCACUGGUGAAGUUACUCAUGGAGAAAUUUGAGAGAUGUAACAGAGACACAGAGGAUCCUUCAAACAGCCGACCCGUCAAAAUCCCAAAACAAGAUGCCCCCAAAGGAUUACAGACAAGAAAAGCAACACUUGAGAAAUUUGCAAAUAAAGGAUAUACUGCGUUUUGUCCAGGACUGAGUACCCUUCACAAACCUGUUCAGUCUAAGCCUCCUAUGGCAGUCAAGCCUUCAAGCGAUGAUAAAACAGAAAAAGAUCCAAACUCACGACAUUUGAACCCAGUGGCACAAAGGUUUGGUGUUCAGCUUCAGCCCACUAACAGAGGAAAUGAUGAAAAAGCUGGAUGCAGUAAAUUCUCUAUCAAAACCAGUGACCCAUCAAAAGAGGACCCAAAGCCUUCAAACCCAAAACCUGCAUGGAACAAGUUUGUCACUCCUCCUGAUAACGAAAAAAAUCCUCUGGGACGAAAACCUAAUUUAAAUUUUGCAUCACAGGAGAAUGAGGCAAAACCGGAAUUUUCAAAGGUAGCUGCAGUUAAAGAAAAAUUAAGGUCUGCAACACAAGAAAACGAGCCCAAGCCUCCUGUUUCUAAACCACCUGUUGCUCAGAAACCUUCUCUAAACAGUGAGAUAUCACAGAAUGAAGACACUUCUAAUAAAACUGGUUUUCUGCAAAGACAGUCUGGACCCCGAACAAACAUACACGCGCACCAAGAAGCAAAGGAAAUGGGUGAAGUUAGUAACUCUGCUGCAGAAGCUCAAGGCAGUAGUUUUCCUAAAAUAGCUCUGAAGCCUACUGGCCACGGGUACGGCUCACCAAAAGGACCCCCCAAAACUGUGGCAGAAAACACUGAAGAAACGGGAAUGAGUGCUGCCAAGAACAUCUUCCUCAACAAAAUCACCCAGGAAGAAUCAGGUUCUUCUCAUAAAUUCCUAAAGACGAAUUCAGCGCUUGCUGCAGGAAGACCAUCAGGUGAAUCACAAGCGAAUGAGGAGAGGAGGUCCGGAAUACCCAGGCGGAAAAUCUUGCCCCCAGUGUUCAAGCUGGGCCAGCCCCCACAAAAGCCCAGCAGACCCCCCACGGUGCACUUGGAAAAGUUCCAGAAGAGCAGCCAAAAAAACAAUCCUAAAAGUAAAGGUUUGAAACAGAAAGCACCUUCCUCAGCAGCACUUGCCCCGCCGAUACCUCCAUCACACACUGCUGUGCCGCCUCCUCCGCCAGCCUUUCACCCAUCCCUGCAGGUGCCAGCAGCUCCCAGUCUGCCUCCCAGAAACAUCAAAACCAGCUCUGAAACAAUAAAUGUAGAAAAUGAAGAAAAUUAUGAUGACGUUGAAUUUGUUUCACAGGGUCAUGGAAAUACACAGAGGGGUCAAGAAAGUGAUGGAGAGAUGUAUGAAGACAUUAAUGACAUCAGAUCAUCAAGGGGAAAAGAGAAGAAGCAGGACAAAGAAGAUAAGAAAAGAAUGGACCAAGAGAAGAAAGAACAAAAGGAAAAAGAAAAGAAAGAGCUUGAACUAAGGAAAAAGUUCAAAUUAACAGGACCCAUUGAAGUCCUUCAUCAGGCACGAGCUUGCGCUGACUACAGGGGAGGGAGGAAUGAACUGACUGUCAAACAGGGGGAUAAGAUUGAAAUCAUUCGCCUCACAAACAACCCAGAAGGAAAGUGGCUGGGCAGGAUAAAAGGAUGCUAUGGAUACAUUAAAACAACCAUGGUGGAGAUUGAUUAUGAUUCUUUAAAAAGAAAGAAAAAACCGUCUACCAGAGCUGCUGUGAAACAUACAGAGAGUGACCAAGAAACAUAUGAUGAUGUUGGAGAGCAGGACGCUACUAGCAGUCAAAGUGGUGACCAACGUGGAGGUGAAAAUGUGUUCCAACCUCCUCCUUCUGAUCAAGACAUUUAUGAUGGAAUUGAUGAUGAAGAUGCUAUAGCUAGGUCUGUAUCGCAGGAUGAAGAUAAGAAUGGUAUCUGGCCCUGGGGAAUCUUGAAGAGACUAAAGGCCAAAGAUGGCAAAAAGAAAAGUGUACGAGAAAAAACAGCCAAAGUCAAUGAGGCAGAAGAAAAUGAAAAUUUGUUCACAUCUUCUUCAACAAAGCAGUCUGGAAAAGAUUAUGGAGACAGUGUUUAUGAUGAUGUAGAUUCUUCAGACUUCCCUGCUCCGCCACCUGAUUCCAGUUCAUCAAAAUCAGGAAGCUUUGGAAAACCUAAGUCAGAUGGAAAAGAUGCACAAAAGCUCAAGAAGAUGGAAAAAGAAGAGAAAGAGUUCAGAAAAAAGUUCAAAUUUGAUGGUGAAAUAAAAGUUCUUUACUCUACAACCACAGUCCAGAAUUUAUCUCAAAAAAGAUGGGGAUAUAAAGACUUACAAAUUAAACCAGGGGAAUCUCUUGAUAUUAUUGAAAGUACAGAUGAUACCAAGGUCCUCUGCAGGAACGAAGAAGGAAAAUAUGGCUACGUUCUGAGAAGCAAUUUAGUUCAGAAUGAUGGAGAGAUUUAUGACGAUAUUGGUGACGAUUGCAUCUAUGAUAAUGACUCUGAUGCUGAAUGCUCUUGAAAUAACAACUUCAUUAAAGAUCAAACUCCAGUUUGGAAUCCCACUUGUGAAAGCAAAAAGAGUCAUAAAUGCUGAUUGCAAGUUAAUUGGUGUCUCUUUUAAAUGCACAAUUAAUCUUCUUUGGGAUCUCUGCCUUUUGUCCUCCAAUGCUUUGUAUAAAUUUGUAUUCCCAUUUAUCUGAGCAUUUAAAAUUGAGCAAAAUUUAGGGUUAUAAUUUUUCACUUCCUUUUCACAUUUUUGACAGUCCAUGUAGAAACACAUCUUUAAUUAUCUAUUCCCAAAGAGGCCAGUUCACAUCUGUGAAGGGUCUAGAGGACAACAAUCCCUGGCAACAGGUUUUACUCUGACUUUCACCUAUUAAGCACCAAAGAGAGCCACUCUGGGUAGGACAGUAUUCUGAAAAAAAAAAAAAAAGAAGGUGUUGUGAAAAGAAGAAAUCAAAAGUGGGCAUCAGAGAAGACAGUACAUCACUGACCUGCCAUUCCAACUGCAAUAGUGUUAGCUACACUGACAUAUGCAGCCAUGUUCCAUUGUUUCCAUGUUGUACUAAUGAUAGAAUAUCAUUCUCCAAGAUUUAUAUGGUCAACUUUCGAGUAUUGUGUUCUACUUUAUACUGUAGUGUUGCUCAAAAUAUACUCAGAACAUUUAGGUUAAGAUUUAGUUUCUGUUUAGUUUGAAGAUAAGUUGUCACUAUAGUAAUAUAGGUAUUAUAAGCUAUAAACUGAUGAUAAACUGUUUUGAAAUUACUUCUGGACUAAAUAUGUAGGUAUAUUUAUCAGUCUAUUUUGAUAAUGCCCUUUUCUUCAAAGUAUUGUAAUUUACUACUAGAUUUGGCCAAGAAAGAGUACAGAACUCAAAUAUUUCCAAGCUUAUCCAUUGUAGAAAUAACAUCUAUUCCUAAUGUUAAUUUUUAAUGCUGUUGUCUGAAUUACCAAGUUGUAAAUAAAAGCAAAAUCAACAGGUAACUCAUAAUGAUAAAUGUAUCACAAGUCACUGGAAAUCAAAAGACAUUUAUAGUAAGCUCACAAUAAAGAGGGUUAGUGUGUGCAAAAAAUGGAACAUCUAUUGAUUUUGCUGCAGUGCAAAUUAAUGAAAAACUUGUAAUGACCAAUGUGGCUGUAUUGGUGGAAGCAGUUACUUUUGAUGAACGAGUCUCAUACAAUACUGAAGGGAAGUCAGGUACACUGUGCAACAGAGCCACUUUAGUUUAUAAACAUAAACAUUAAAAAUGUUGGCUCUGCUAAGUCAGUGACUUUUGGUCUCGCCUUCAGUGAAGCUGAGAUUCCGUCUUAUAAAAGUGUCUUUUAUUGCUGCUUCAAAAUACAGUAAAUCUCAAAGGAGGCAUAAUGCAGUGGGGAUAUCAAACAUAAAAUUAAGAGAUAGUGAACUAUAAGCUAAAGCUAUUUUGUACUGUAUAUAAAACCACUGAUAGCAUACUGAAAAGCUAUAUGCAACUUGACUUAUCUUUCUAUGUGCUAUUUAUCUUAUCCAUUUAAAAUUCAACCAGCAUUCAGGCAUCAAAUACCAAUUUUAUGUGUAAACAUCAGCUGCAGCACCCAAAUAUAAAACAUGACCAUGCAUAUUAAGCGCAAUGAAUAUGUGUGACUAUUUGACUGUCACUGCUAAUGGAUUAUUUAUUUUUCAGUGGCAUUCAAGAGGCUGUCUGCAUUAAAUUAGUGAUAUGCCAAAGAACUGAGUGGGCAUGCAGGCAACUACACAGCUACACAGUUCUUCCAUGUUCUUAGUGUUAAUAUGUGUAGGCACUGCAAUUCUAUAUCAAUAAGACUGACUACAUUUGCCAUAUGAUACAUUAAAUAAUGAAAAGAAAUAAAUAUAUUUAUGGCUAAAACUCUAUUUGUUGCUUGUUCAAAUCAAAUAUUAUGUGGUUGCUGCACGCUGUUAAAAUGAACAUUGAAAGUAUUACUCAUUGAAAAAUUAGUGUCAUUGUAUCUUUGAACUUUUACCAAUGUGGGAUGCUUUUUUGUAUUUCUUCUAAAUAAACAUUUGCUU